AUGAGCUUUGAUUUAGAUUUAGAUUUCGAUUUAGACAUAGAUCUCGAUUUGGAGAUUAAAUUGUUCCUGGUUGCUUUCGCUGUGAUCGCAGCUGUCGCUGCUGAUGUCUCCAACGAGUAUCUGCCACCCCUGCAGCAGGAGGCUGUCCAAACCGUUGCUGCCCCCAGCAAUGAGUAUCUGGCCCCAGUUGCCAACGAUGAGGCUUCCUACGGCCAAGUUGAGCAGGGCAGCCUCGCUCAAGAUGGUUACCGUUACAAGACCCAGCGUCGCCGUGUGCUCCGUCGCCACCGUCGUGAUGUGAGCCACCUGCCCUCCAACGAUUACCUGCCCCCUGUUCAGGAGGAAGCUCAAGUUGUUGCUGCCCCCACCAAUGAGUAUCUGGCUCCAGUUGCCAACGAUGCUUCGUACGCUCAGGUUGAGCAGGGAAACCUUGCCGAUGAUGGAUACCGUUACAAGACCCACCGUCGUGUCGUCUACCGUCGCAACCGUCGUGAUGUGAGCCACCUGCCCUCCAACGAGUACCUGCCCCCAGUUGCUCAGGCUGCUGCCCCAGUCCCCAGCAACGAUUAUCUGCCACCCGUCCAGACUAUUGCUGCCCCAGCCCCAGCCCCGGCUCCUAUCCAGUUUGCUCCCGUUCCGGAGGCUGCUCCCGCUCAUGAGCUCGCUGAUGAUGGUUACCGUUACAAGACCCACCGUCGCGUCGUCUACCGUCGCCACCGUCGUGAUGUGAGCCACCUGCCCACCAACGAGUACCUGCCCCCAGUUCAGGAGGAAGCUCAAGUUGUUGCUGCCCCCACCAAUGAGUAUCUGGCUCCAGCUGCUCCCGCUCAUGAGCUUGCUGAUGAUGGUUACCGUUACAAGACCCACCGUCGCGUCGUCUACCGUCGCAACCGUCGUGAUGUGAGCCACCUGCCCUCCAACGAGUACCUGCCCCCAGUUGCUCAGGCUGCUGCCCCAGUCCCCAGCAACGAUUAUCUGCCACCCUAUGCUCCCGUUCCGGAGGCUGCUCCCGCUCACGAGCUCGCUGAUGAUGGUUACCGUUACAAGACCCACCGUCGCGUCGUCUACCGUCGUCGUCAUUAA